UUUAUUAAAAUGUCUCGUAACAGUGCAUGAGUACAGAAACAUUUAACAUUUAUAAUUCUUUAAAUUUGGAAAAUAAAUAAAAUGUCCUGUUUGAAUUUCCCGCUAUUAUCGAAUUAGUUUGUUCUCCCCAGGUUAGGUGGCGCUUUCGCGAAAAAACGAGGGGUAGACAGAGAGAUUCGCUUCUUCCUCUCUCUUAUUCUAUGUUCCUAACCUAACUUUAUAUAAGAAGACUAAAAUGUUAUUAAAUAAAUUAACUGUAGCUUUUAAUAUCGGAAAAGUGUGCUUACCUGAAGCCCUCCAGGUGCGUUUCCGUUAUCAUGCCGAUAAAGUGGCAAGAGGUCCGUUGUUAAGACGUUAUGGUUAUGAAGAAAAAAUUCUUCAAAGGGGGACUUUACCGCGACUCAAGGGGGCUGACAGGUUAUGUAAACCCCUAUACACACCCAAAGAUGCGUGGACCGAGAAAAGGGCAUUAUUUGGCCAAAACGACUACAUUGAUAUUUUGGGGAACGAACGUUUACAUCCUACCAGAAUAUUGUACAAUAUUCCACCUUGGUUAAGAGGAGUUGGCGGAAAUGAGUUCCAGGUGAUGCUCAGGAAAAGAAACAUGUUGGCAAAAACCGUAUAUCCCCUUGCACGGCCAACAAAGUGGAACCAGUUACAAAAACGAAUCAAUUACCUCUACCGCUUUCUAAAUAAGAAAACAAAAACUGUGUAAUUAAUUUCAUGUAAAAAUAAAAGAUUUGUAACGGUAAAAA